CCACCAAUGAGAGUCUACUAAUCCUGAAACCCGACACUACCUUGAUGGUCUUAGUCGGAUUUUCCUUUUCCGCAAAUAUAUCUUGCUUCCCUCGACUUGAACACGGCGACAGACGUUUAUAUCACGGAAGCACUUUGCCAAGUAGGCAGGCUUUUUGUGCUCAACAACUUCACAAUGGCGGACGAAUCUCCCUUCAUGCGAAUUCCCAGCGAGAUCCGACUCAUGAUAUACGAAUUACUCUUCAUUGACAACAGUCAACGAGUCUUCCAAAUCCGCAAUCAAGACCCCGAGACGUACAAGAAUCAACCACAUCAUCAGCGCACUGGUUAUCGAAUUAUCGGCCGAGAUCUCGUGCGCCAAAGCACCCCGACAACCUACACUCUUGUCAACGAUGUCGAGUUACACACCUCUAUCAUGCGCGUGAAUCGCAAAGUCUACACCGAGACUGCGCACAUGCUGUAUAGCAACCGAACCUUCGAUUUCGGCAGAGACAUCGAAGCAAUUGUUCCUUUCUUCUCCGAUUUGUCGAAACAUACAAGGCCUUUCAUUCAAGAGAUAUCCCUUGUCAAACAAGGUUCAGUCUACAGUCGCGAUUACGAUCGAUGUGAAUGGAGCGGAGUCUGCGACUUCAUGAGAGAGUAUAUGCGAGUUGAAAGUCUGAAUUUGACUGUUGAAGGAGGACGACCAUCUCUGGGCUACGCUGGUCUGCCAGAAUACUCUGUUCAAGACUUCAAGACACUUGAAAGCGUCGCAUACGAGCCAUUGGAAUGGGUCUGGCAGUUACUUUCGGUGAAGGGAAUCAAGAAGCUCGAAAUCGAAUCGGAGAUUCAUCAUUGUCCUCCAUCACACAGCAGCGCGAUGGCUUUCUUUGCCGCAUUUUCAGCCUCGAUUGAGACCGGAUUCGCGGAUUUUCUCCGCGAGGAACUUAUUGGACUGCAAGCUAUUACGCGUGCUUUCCAAGAUUCUUGAAUUCUGUUUGGAGGAAAUAGACACAGUCAUCUCAUCUCGUGGUUCGGUCAAGGUCAGCAUUCAGCCUCAACGCAGGGUUCUGGUGUUCGUGGCGGACGUUCAAGCCCGUCGGAUUGUCUGGAUUUCUACUGCAUAUAUCGGCUCAGUUCACGGUCAGAAGAUUGGCGCAUAAGACUAGUUGAGAAUGCUUGUGUCACAAUGGAAAUGGCGUUGUAUAUAGAGCUGGAUUCCCCGUAUUUCUGCUUCUUUACAGA